CUAGUUUACGUAUGUCUGGUUUCCCGAGCGAUGUGCCAUGAACGGUUUUCAUUAGUUGUGAAUUCUCCUCUCGAAUCGAACGUGUUUGGUAUAUUUCCUUGUGAUAUAUGAAUCAGUUGUUUGGCUCCACCACUCCUACACCGACAUGGGGAAAACCCACGUCAGAUUUUCCUUAAUUGAAUGUUUUACUAACAUCUUUUGCAUAGUGUCACUUAUCAAUAGCGGUGUUCAAAGCGAUAUAACAUAUCCCAGUCGUCCAGAUUCAUCUGUUAAGAAAGUAAAGAAUGAUGUAAUAACUGUUCCAUUGGCUGCCAACAUCUGGAAACCUUACACGCAAGGUAAUAGUCAAGCAACACCAUGUUUCGACGAGUAUUCCUGUUUGGCCGCAAGAUUGUCAGAUGCAGAGCGUCUCAAUUUGGAAGCUAUCCGCACUCUGCACGGAAAGCUAGAUGACGACGCAAACGGCAACAUUGACCUUUCAGAGUCUGACGAGUUCCUACGAGAAGAGUUGCACUAUGAAGGCGGACACGAACGGCGACAAAAAGCUUUCCACCGUGACGACGAUAUGCACAUCUCGGUCCGAGAGUUGUGGGACAUUUGGACCCGCUCUGAGGUGCAUAACUGGACCAUCGAGCAAACAACCGAAUGGCUGAGCCAUUUCGUACAGCUGCCACAAUACGUCUCGCAGUUCCAACAACACAACAUUGACGGCACCAAACUGCCAAGGCUUGCCGUGAACAAUGUCCUCUACAUUUCAGGCGUACUUGGCAUCAAGGAUCCAAUCCAUCGACAAAAGAUCGCUGUCAAAGCUAUGGAUGUGGUAUUGUUCGGCACUCCCAAGGACAGCAGCAACUAUGUUAAAGAUGUGACGCUCAUCACAUUGUUGGUCCUUGCUUUGGCCGGUGCUCUGUACACGUACAAAAGCAACCGGCAUUCUAAACAGCACCUUAACAAAUUGAUGGAGCAUAUGGAAAUCCUGUCCUCAGCAGAAAAGGAACUCCAAGAACUCCAGGUCAAGUUACAGCACGCCCGUCAGGAGCAAGACAUAACUCUCUCCGAGAAACAGCAGUUAGAGCGGAAGUUGGAGGAGGAAGUACGAGGUAGCAACGCCAGUUUAUAUCAACCCGACCCACUGGCGGAACUUGAACUCAGACGUCUCAGGGAAGAGGUUGAUAUUUUACGCGGAGAGUUGCAACGAGCUGAAGGUGAGCUGGAAGACAGGCUGUGCUGGACUCCUCCCGCGGAUCUCCAGCACUGGUUGCAGUUGACAUACGAACUGGAACAGCGUGUUUAUAACAAGAAACGGCUGCAGGCAGAAAAACAACUCGAACAAGCUAAAGAUGCCUGUGAGAAAUUGAACAGAAAACGGUCAAGCUUCGUGGCUUCCUUUGUAUCUACCCACGGCCGUGCCAUCGACGAUGUCGAUAAAAGCAUAUUGGAAGCUAGGUCGUCCCUGAUGGAAGUCAAACAAGACUUGCAGGAACGCACCACCCGUUGGAGGCAGAUCGAAUCGCUGUGUGGCUUUUCUAUUUCCACCAAUCCAGGGCUGAGCUACCUUGAAACUUUAUUGCGCAGCGGAUUAAAUUCUUCGCGUUUCGUCGUUUUCAAUCCCUCUCGUCACGGCGGAACUUUUGAGGAGGAUAUCGACGAAACGGGCAGUAUGGUCAGCUCUUGCGCAGCCCUGAAGCAAUUAGUAUCGACAUCAACUGUUGUCUUCCUCUCUUCAGCUGCCGGAUCACCCACCGCCACUGCUGCUGCCCUUCUACCCUUCUCGGACGGGCGAAAUAACGCUACUGGUAACCGCCCUGGCCAGCAUUUCCACAAUAGAAAAUAUCCUCUACUCAAGCGCGAUAGCAGCGUAUCGCUAGAAUCAGCAUCCGCCCUCAUAAACAGUUACGCAGGCAACGGACUGUCGUCCCAUUCGGUCUCGCUCUCAGAGUUACCCAAGACACCGACUGUGUCUGUGCCAGCUGUUAGUGGAGACGUAGUCAUCCGUCAGCGUUUGAAGCAUCGAGAGGACAGCAAAGAUUCAGCUUUCGACGGAUCGAUCGUUUCCGUUGGAACAAACGCCGAGGAUGAUGUCACCAUUCCAUCCCGCGCUGUGGCUUUAUCGAACGUUACUCAAUCAAAGCCCAUUAGUCUUCCUAAAAUUGAGUCUUCCCCUGGGGCUGUUCCAAAAACGUUACCAAUAUUGGAAAAGCCAGCGGUUGUGGCUCCGAGUCAAAAUGUGGAAAACGUUGGAAAGAGCCCCUUAUUACCCACCAAAUUGAAUACUCGAACUAGCUUUCCAACUAAAGCGUUCUCGCAAGACAUCCACGAUCCAACACCAGUUUUUAAGACUUCGCAUUCUGAGUCGGCACUAGAUGUAACCUACCAGAAUGCUAUGGCACAGCAGGUGGAAGCCGAGAGCGGACAAGAGGAAAACGUCUCGACUGAUUCAAGCCUUCCAUCCAACGACGAAGAGAGCCGCAAGCUCAAGAAAAAGCAACGAUUCCAAUUUCCCAGUUUCGUCAAGCGCAACAAGAAUAAGACCUGAUGGUCGCUCAUCAAUUAGGAGAAUCGAAAUUAUUUUUUACUUCCUCCUCUUUACGCUGUAAUUUAUUUAUUCAGUGAACCAAGUAGCAAAUGAGCCAAUGGAAGAAGCAACAAUUGAUGUGUGACGAGCUUCGUCAACGUGAGUUGAGGAGAGCGAUGGUUCUGCAAGUGAGAUCUAACGAGAUCUGUAAGAUCACCGCUUCCUUCUGUUUUCAAACUUCGUGCGCACAUUUUUAACCACCCGUUUUUCAUCGUGUUUUAUUUUCCAAUUAGGCGUUCGCCUUGUCGCUGUUUAAUAAAAAAAAAAAAUAAUAAGAUAAUAAAAUUCAAAUUUGUUCAAGAUAUUGAUAAAAAUAUUUUGUUAAUGAUGCGACCUCCCAUUUUUUCGUCUCUCUGGCUUCCACAGAAAAAGUAAAGUAAAACCGGUUGUUGUUUUGAUUAUUUGUACGGCUGUGUAUUGUGGUAAAUAUAUAUGAAUCUAUUUCUUUCCUUGGUUGAAA